GCUCCAGUUGCUCUGCGAACCAUGAGGGUAUUCGGAAUUGGAGUUCUGCUAGCCUUAACCUCCGGGUUCCUGGUGGUUUCCGCCGUAAACUUGCCCGGAGUGCCGGUGGACUUCGAUGUGGACGAUCACAUCCUGUCCGCCAUUGCGGAUGAUAUUUCGGAGCGUCUGGUCAAGGAGUAUGUGAAUUAUUUAAAGACUGGAGUGGAGACCCCUGAGUUCCUGAAGCUCACAAAUCAGCUGGCCAAAUCGCAUAGCGAGAAGGAUAUAUUCACCAGGAAUAUGCCCGAUUUGGAGCCCCGCGAUAGCUUUUUUGUGUGCGUUGCCUGUCGCUCGGUGAUGAAUGUCUUUAUUCGCACGAUUCGCGAGGAGGAAGGUGAACUGCAUGGUGAAAAUAGCUCUGUACUCAUGAAGGACUUUGCCAUGGACUUUUGCCGCCGCCUGAAUCUGCAAACGGAGGAGGUUUGCGAAGGACUCAUUGAUUCCAAUCUUCCGAGUGUGGAGUAUAUUAUGAGAAAUUCCGAGAGCGAUUCCCAGAGUUUCUGCUCGCUGUUCAUGGAGUUCAGCUUCUGUAACACUGGUUCCAAUGCGGAUUACAAUUGGACCUUGCCUGUGGAUAAUACAGGUGAGGCUUUGAGCGGACCAAAGUCGGAUACUCCUACCUAUAGUGAAUCCGAUAUAAGGAUCUGCCAGUUCAGCGAUAUCCAUCAUGAUCCUCUCUACGAACCUGGAAGUCUGGCCACCUGUGCUGAACCCAUGUGCUGUCAGCGGAAUAAGGACUCGACCCAGGGAACUAGUGAGGCGGCUGGUUACUGGGGUGAUUACAGGGACUGCGAUCUCCCUUGGCAGGCCUUUGAAUCCGCUCUGGAUAGUGCGGUGGUUAAUACGAAGUGCGACUAUGUCUAUCAGACGGGCGAUAUUGUGGAUCACAUGGUGUGGGCCACUUCGGUGGAGAAGAACACCAUGGUGCUGACCAAGGUCAGUGAGAGGAUCAACCAGGCCUUCCCGGAGGUUCCCGUCUAUCCCUGCAUCGGAAAUCAUGAGCCGCAUCCUCUCAACCUCUUCAGUCCCGAGGGCGUUCCGGAUGAGAUCAGCACCAAGUGGCUGUACGAGCACCUGUACAACGACUGGUCCAGGUGGCUGCCCGCGGAAACUAAGGAGACGAUCCUGAAGGGUGGUUACUAUACCGUAGUGCCCCGGAAGGGAUUCCGUAUCAUCGCUCUGAACAGCAACGAUUGCUAUACGGACAACUUCUGGCUGUAUCACAGUGGCACCGACAAGAUUCCCCAGCUCCAGUGGUUCCACGAUACCCUCUUGGAGGCCGAAAAGGCCGGGGAGUACGUCCAUGUUUUGACUCACAUCCCUUCGGGAGAUGGAACCUGUUGGUCCGUGUGGGCCAGGGAAUUCAACCGAUGCAUCACCCGCUUCAGUUCCACAAUCAGUGGCAUUUUCACAGGACACUCACACAAGGACGAACUUUUCGUUUACUAUUCGGAGGACGAAGGACAUGCCACUGCGGUCGCCUGGAACGGAGGUGCCGUCACCACCUAUUCCAAUAAGAAUCCGAACUACAGGGAAUACUCCGUGAGCCCCGAAACCUUUGAGGUGACCAACCACAAGACCUGGAUCUACAAUCUCACCGAGGCCAAUCUGACGCCCGAUGAGCAGCCCAAGUGGUUCCUGGAGUACGAGUUCAUCAAGGAGUUCACCGAGGACACGAGUCCUGCGGGAAUUGACAAGCUCCUCGACCAGUUUGCCGAGAAUCCCACGCUGAUGAGGAAGUACUGGCGCUACCGAGUGACCUCUGCAGAUCCGCAGGUGAAUGGAGGAUGUGAUCGCACCUGCUUGGCAGGAUCUCUUUGUCGCGCUGCUGUGACUAUCAAUUCCCAGCGAGGACGUUGCGAAGAGCUGCGGGAAAAGCUGUUUGCUUCCCUGGACAACGAGGAAGCAACUACUCCUGGACCCAGUAGUUCUACCACUCCAGAUGAUGAUGAUGGAAACGGAGGAUCCUCCACUUUGGCAGUGCUCAGUAUUGGAUCCCUGCUGGCCAUCGUCCUCUCCAUCCGCCUUACCCUCUAGUAAUCCUCACCUCUAGUAAUACCCCCUAAGUCUUAUAUAAUGCGAAUGGAUUCCAUUCUAAAAGCGGCUACUCUCAAGUGGCAAAUAGAAGUAUGCGCUUAUCCCCAUCGAAAGAUAA